UGUUUAUUUUCCUUGUUCGAUCAUUUCAUAGCCACAGUGUUGCGAUGGCUGGUCGAAAGGGAAACUUCCUAGUUUUUAUUCUUUGGAUGUUGGGUUCAGCAAUUGCUACCCAGGAAUCCAGGACCGACCUAAUUCCAGCUGGAGACCCAAGAAGAUGUUACUCAAUCUUAAACGACAAAAACCUGAUUAGAUAUGAAAGUCUACCAGGGAAUGGAUGGGAUAAUUUAAUGAAUAAAGAUGCCGGAAUUGUUGUAAAUUUCAAUUUCUCAAAAUGUAAAACCACAGACGAUGGUCGUUACAUUGUGCCAGAUACGAUCUACACCAUACCUAUAAAAUCAAGCAGAGUUGAGACAUAUGCAGAACUUUUUGAUCAUUGGACGAAUUAUACAUCAACAACUUCACGUUCUAUAAAUGUUGGUGCCGGCCUCACUUUAACUCAUUUUGGAAUAAGUGGUAAAUUUUCAUCAGAAUCGGAAAGUAUAAAAUCCCACCAAGUACAUGACAAGGCCACAACAACACGUGUUCAAGUACGUUAUGUGCGCUACACUGCUAAACUCCAGCCUGACACUCCGUUACACCCAACAUUUAAAUCUCGUCUGCUAAGCAUUGCAGCACAUAUUCAGUUGAACAACACAAAUAUGGCCACAUAUGAGAGUGAACUGUUAGUGAGAGAUUUUGGUACACAUGUUGUUACAAGUGUAGAUGCUGGAGCAGCCUUGGUUCAAGUCGACGAAAUUAAAUCAACAUUUAGUCGAGACUACAGUUCGUCAAAGAGUAAAAUCUCUGCGUCGGCUAGCGCCUCGUUUUUCAGUGUAUUUAAAAUAAGCUCUAGUUAUGAACACCAAACAACAAAAGAAAUGAUCGAUCAGUAUCUAGGAAACAGAUCCCACUCAAUAGUGGAAACAUAUGGCGGUCCCAUAUUCAAACCAGUUAAUUUUAGUUUAAAUGACUGGGGAGACAAAAUCGGUGACGAUCUCGUCCCCCUUGAUCGUGCUGGUGAUCCGCUGUUCUUUCUGAUAACACCAUAUUCUCUGCCAGAACUACCAAAUUCUGUAGUUUACAAACUUAUCCAGUCUGUCAAAUCUGCCAUUGAAAUGUACUAUAAAUUCAAUAUAUACCGAGGCUGUACAAACACUGAUUCUCCAAAUUUUAGCUUCCAAGCAAAUGUUGAUGACGGUACUUGUAAGGCUCCAUCUACAAAUUUCACAUUUGGUGGUGUUUACCAAAAGUGCAACAGAAAUGGAGGACUGUCUAGAAAUCUUUGCAGUGGUUUAGACCAAAAAAAUCCUUUGACAGGAGAUUAUUCAUGUCCACCGAACUAUGAAGCCGUCUUGAUACAAGAAUCUACCAGAUCUUCAUCUGAAUCAGUUCACAAAUGCCACAGAUGUUGGCUAAUCUCACACUGUUGUAAAGACCGUACUGUUUAUGGAAGUGCAACAUAUUCUGCAUACUGGUGCGUGGCUAGAGGAAGUGUUCCAGAACAAUCAGGAUUUUUAUUCGGUGGUCUCUAUACAACUACAGUGAGUAACCCAGUAACACGAUCUAAGCAGUGUCCCCUAUAUUUCUAUCCACUUAAAAUUGGAAAUGACAUGAAAGUUUGUGUCAGUGACGAUUAUGAGCUGGGAUAUGAAUUUUCUGUUCCGUUUGCUGGUUUUUAUAGCUGUAGGUCUGGUAAUCCUCUAAUGAUCGGAUCGAAGUCGGACAGCAAUUUAUUAAAAUCUACUCACACAUUAGGUUCAUACUUCCAACAGUCUGGAUCGGGACAAUGGCCAAAAGGAUGUCCAAACGGUUAUAGUCAGCAUCUUGCCACAGUAGAAAAUGGCUGCGAAAUAGACUACUGCGUUAAAGCUGACGCUUUUUCACCCCAUGGACUACCACCUGUUCGUCAGCCUCCUUUCAUGGAAAUACCUGCAGAGGGAUUCACGGACACUUCGUCGUACUCCAUUAGUGACGAUGGACUUAUUUGGAAAAUAAUGACACCCGAGGAAGCGGACACAAGUAAAACCAUAGGUGCUGCCGAUCCCGACUCGUCUGAAAAUCCUGGACUUUCUAAAGGAGUUGUAGCUGGAAUUUCCAUCAUAGCUACAAUCGCCUGUAUCGUAGCAGCAUCGGCAAUUAUCGUGAAAUAUCGAAAGUAUAAAAGUCUGUAUCGUCCACUUCAGAUGUCUGCUCCGUUAUAUAGGGAGAAGACUACGAACAGUCCCAGCCGGGUCCAUUACGGUUCACAGAACGAACAUCAAACUGAAAUUCAAGUAGAAACAUAGACCAGAUUUUGUGUGGUUGUGCAAAAUACAAUUGCCCCCAAAAUGUAUGUUCUAUGUACUAUUUAGAUGUCUUUUCUUUGUUAUAGGACGAAUGUAUUUGUAUUCCGAUGAAUAUUUUGAAAAUAAGGCAAGUAGGUCGGCUUAUGUUUUUUAAUUAUUUUUAAAAGUUAUUACAAAGUCUGACAAAGCUUAGUUACAAAUAAAAAGUCCGCGAUUUAUCGAAUUAAUCAAAACUAUGUCUUGGUUUGGAAUUAUCGCAUCUACAAAUCUUAAAACAAGAGCAUAGAUACAAGAUUGGUUUACAAAAUAAAACAUUUUAGGCAAAGCAAUGUUAGUUAAGCGUGGUGUUUAAGUUAUACUGACUUUCUUGUGCAUAAAUACCGGCUUUAUUAUACAACAGCGAGAUAAGAUGAUUCAACUUGAGGACUUUAGUGUACACUUGAAGCAACAUGUGUUAAGCAUAAGAAAUAGACCAAACUGAAUUAUUUCCCCUCUUAUAGCUGACAUCUUUUCACUGGAGUUCUUUAACAAUUCUAUAUCACACAGUAGUUAUUGCCAAUGAGACAACUCUCCACUAGAGACCAAAUGACGUAGAAGUAAGCAACUGUAGGCCACCGUAGGACCUUCGACAAUGAUCAAAACCCACACCGCAUAGCAAGCUAUAUAAAAGACCCGAAAUGACAAAUCUAAGACAAUUCAAACGAGAAACUAUGCUGGAAAGAUUUAUGUACAAAACAAUAAACGAAAAACAAAAAUGACAGUCAGCAGAAAACGACAACCACUGAAUUACAGGCUCCUGACUUGGGACAGGCACAUACAUAAUGUUUAGUUCGUUUUGGAUAUUUAUAUUUUAUAUGUAGGUGUAUUUCGUAUGAUCACUGGUGGUAUGUAUCAGGAGUGUAUGUUCACAGAAAUGCUCACACGUCUUGAAAUGUAAAAACAUAUUUGAUAAAUACAUGCAACAUACUUAACAAGAGUGGUCGGUGCCAAAACUUUUGAAUUUUGAUAUUUGCCAAUGGAUAACAAUACACGUCAAUACUGAUGUCGCAAGUUGUAUGUCAAGAACUACUUGUAUACUACCAAGAAAGAAAUUCUUUACUUAGUAAAAGAGAAUUGUAUAUUGUAUAUUUGUAAGAGCUAUUUUGAUGUUUUAUUUUUAUAUUUGUUUUCAUUUUGCACAAUGUUGAUGAUGAUGUCGAAAUUUUUGUAUUACCACUGUAAGCAUGGUUUCGGUAGGGUAUAUUCACAGUAAUCCUCUCACGCUACGAAAGAUAAAAUUACUUGUUGAUUGCAUAUCCUAAACACAUAAUCGCAGAGCGUGGCUGACGUUGUCCAUAAUGCUCUUCAACUUCGUACUUUAUUUGGCCUUUUUAACUUUUUUUAUGUUAUAUUCUUGACAGCGUCACUGGUGAGUCUUUUGCAGACGAAACGCACGUAUGGCGUACAAAAUUUUAAUCCUGGAAUCUAUGAUGAGUUUUUUCAUAUAAUGUUUUUAUCUGGGUUUUUUUACAGGUAUAUCCUAAACUGGUCCGCCGUUCCAUCUAUAGCUUCGCAGUGUAGCGAUAAAUGAACACAACAGGGGUCUAGUUUAGGUAUAUCCUUGCCCUUUUUACAGGCAUAUCCUUGCACAGAUUGCCCGUAAUAGCCUUUACCAGUCCAUUAUAUAUAAUUUAUAAUUGUAUUGUAGCAAACAAAAUUACAUUUGUUUAUAAUUCUGAAUAGAGGGAAUCCCGGGGGUUUACUUAGAUGGCACACAAAGGCAUAAUGUGAUAAAAACAACAUUUAUGACUCACCAUAUAUUCUCAAUAUCACUAUGAUGUUACACAAAUGAAAUACUAUGUUUUGUACAAAUGGAACUCAAUUUAUAUUUGUUUAUUGUUUUUAAGUUUGUAUAUUUUCUGUAUUGUUUUUAUGUUUGUAUAUUUUUUGUUUUGUUUUUAUGUUUGUAUAGUUUAUGUAUUUUUUUUAUGUUUGUAUAUUUUUAUCAGUGUUAUAAUUGAAUUUUAUGUAGGAUGUCUCUGAAAAAAUAAAAUAAAUCUUUACUCAGAA